CUUUACGGUAAAUAUUUCACCGCCUGGAUUUAGAGCGGUGGUUUGUCCCUCUUCGGCGUCCGUGCCCUGAGUUUCAAACAAACUGCACAGGAGUACAAGUGGAAAUGAUGUAGAUCGCAUGCAGAUUACAGAGGGACGUUUCGUAUUUUAUAUACAGAAAACAACACACACCACAAUUAGAAUUCAUUGAAACUGAUAACCUUGAGGGCGCGCGUUUCAUUACGUUGUUGGACUGGUGUUUGAAUGCAUCUGCACCCAUAAUGGAAGUGCUUCUCAGGCAAUGCUCCAAAGAGCUUCUUCACUUGACAGCCUGCCUCCAGCCCUCCAGACUCCAGCACUGCGGUCAGGGACACGGCCGGCCCAGGCGGACACUGGUGUCUCGUCUGUUCCAGCCAGCGAACUUGCAGGAGGACAGGGAGCUGGGGGUGGAGGGCCGACAGGGGGAACUGACCUGCAGGAGCCAGCGGCUGAUGCUGCAAGCGGGGCUCAUCCACCCAGCCAGCCCGGGCUGCUACUACUACCUGCCCCACACGCUGAGAGCCGUGGAGAAGCUGGUGCGAGUGAUCGACCAGGAGAUGCAAGCCAUCGGUGGGCAGAAGCUGAACAUGCCCAGCCUGUGUGCCGCUGACCUGUGGAAGAGGAGCGAGCGCUGGGACCUGAUGGGCAAGGAGCUGUUCCGCCUCCGGGACCGGCACAACGGGGAGUAUUGCCUGGGGCCCACCCAUGAGGAAACUGUGACCGAGCUGAUAGCCUCCCUGGGCAGCCUCUCCUACAGACAGCUCCCCCUCCUGCUCUACCAGAUCACCAGGAAGUUCCGGGACGAGCCCAAGCCUCGCUUUGGGCUGCUGCGCGGCCGGGAGUUCUACAUGAAAGACAUGUACACCUUCGAUGUGUCGGAGGAGGCAGCCAGGCAGACCUAUGAUACUGUCUGCCAGGCCUACUGCCACCUCUUCCAGCGGCUAGGGCUGAGCUUCGUCAAGGUGCGGGCAGACACGGGCAGCAUCGGGGGCAAGCUGUCUCAUGAGUUCCAGCUCCCGGCAGACAUCGGGGAGGACCGGCUCUUGAUAUGUGCGAACUGCAGCUUCUCGGCCAACGUAGAGACCGUGCAAGUGGGUGAAGUGGACUGCCCGGAGUGCAGUGGGAAGCUGACUGAGACCAAAGGCAUCGAGGUAGGGCACACCUUCUACCUGGGGACCAAGUACUCGUCUGUUUUCAGUGCCUUGUACAACACUCCGCAGAACAAGCCCGCUGUAACAGAGAUGGGCUGCUUCGGGCUCGGGGUCACCCGCAUCCUGGCGGCCUCCAUCGAGGUGCUGUCCACAGAGGAUAGCAUUCGCUGGCCGGGACUCCUCGCCCCCUACCAGGUCUGUAUUCUGCCUCCCAAGAAGGGGAGCAAAGAGGAGCAGGCGACGGGGCUGGUGGAUGCUCUGUAUGAUGGGCUGGGGGAGGCUGUGCCUGCUCUGAGGGGAGAGAUGCUGCUGGAUGACAGGACUCAGCUCACCAUUGGGAAGAGGCUGAAGGAUGCCAGCAGGCUGGGGUACCCCUAUGUCAUAGUGGCUGGGAGGAGAAUCCUGGAAGACCAGCCUUACUUUGAAGUCUGCUGUCAGAAUACUGGGGAGACUGUGUUCCUCACCAGAGAGGGCGUUUUUGACUUCCUGAGAAAUGUACAGACUGUGUGAUUGAGGUGCGCUCCAGUGUAAUCGUGUGUGUGUGGCACUGGUUUCUUACUCCUGCUGCUGAUAGUAAAGAGAUUUUUAUAUACAG